UCAUUUUGCAUCUGUGUUUACCGAAAAAUAUAUUCGAUGCAGUUACCGAUAUUGUAAUUACAAAUUCUUUAAGAAUUUACUUACUGCUUGUCCUCUGCAUUACGAAUAUUUAAUUUCUAGGUUAAAUAUAGCUCUUGUGCUGUUAUUUGCAAUAUGAUUCAAGAUAAUGGAUCCUAUUAUUGAUAAUGACUGGCUUAUGAACAAAUCAGAGCCUAUUGAAGACAGUCAAUCUGGAAAUAUUGCACGCAGUUGGGUAUGGAGAGAAAGAGGUAUUAAACCUCCUAACUCACCAAGCAAUAAAACUGUGUUAGAAAAUGUUGCUGAAGAUAUUCUUGUUCAAAAACCACUUAAAAUAAGAUGCUGUGAUCUACCAGGAUAUCCACGUUCAACAUUCCUCAUGGUCUUUAGUCCUGAUGGUACCAAAGUUGCAUCAACGCACGGAAAUCAUAAUGUGUAUGUGUCUGAGUUGGCAAGUGGUAAACAUGUCAGAAUAUUAAAGGGCCACCCAAGAACUCCAUGGUGCAUAGCAUUUCAUCCUUCACAUCCAGAACUAAUUGGGUCAGGUUGUCUUGGAGGCCAAGUCAGAGUUUGGGAUAUUGCAAGUGGUGGAAGUGAAGUAUGGAGUGUACAAAAGGAAACUGUAAUAGCGUCAAUUGCCUUCCAUCCUCGUGAGCAGUUAUUAGUUAUAGCCACUUCUAAUGAACUUUACUUUUGGGAUUGGAGUCAACCGGCACCCUUUACUAAAGUCUCAACUGAUGAUAUCAAUGAGAAAGUGAGAUAUGUGGCAUUUGAUUCACUCGGAUAUAAACUCAUAACAGGAAUAUCACUGUAUAAUACUCCUUGUCCGCCUACUGUCUCUGAACGCAAUGCACACUCCAGUCCACCAGCCAACUAUCGAAGACAAGAAACCGAUGAUAGUCCUAACAAUAGAUUGGAUCCAACGGGCCCAACGGGAGAUGUCAUAGUUAAUUCUUACCAAAAUUUAGUACAAAGAUAUGACAGUCUGGUGAGAAAUUAUCAGAGGUUGUUUUUGGUACGACAUAGGCUUACAGCUACGACACCACCGCCUAGCACGACGGAUCGCGGAACUGACCCAAUGGAAACAGAUUCUGCAACAGAUAAUAAUGGACCAGUUCGUCCAAUGUUUACGAUGCCAUUCCAUCCUGUAGAAGCAGAGAAUGCACCAAUUCGUCCGACGCGUACGACGAAUUUCUUUUCAGAGGAUGAUAAUGUACCAAUUCGACCAACGCGUAGGACUAUCUUUUCUGAAGACGAUGUCAGGCCAAGUACAUCUAGAAGUAAUGAAAAUACAGACAAUGCUGAUACAGAUCCACUUUCUCACAGUCGACUAUUGAAUCUGGACGCAUUGACGCUCGAAAGAGACUCCAUGAGGACCAGAAGUUCGAGCACCAGUAGUCAAGAGUCCUCUGUCUUUGGUUCUCGCCCUUCAGCGUUUCAACCUCUCAACGAAGGCAAUAGGCCAUCUCUUUGGCAAGCGGCCAGGCUUUUACCAAAUCCCUUUACACCGCCGAGACGUACUUUGACAACUAGCGUUUUUAACCAAGAGAAUUCGGGAUCUUCUCGAACAAAUGUAUUUCCCACUUACAGAUCAGUGACUCCCCCUCCCCCUCCCACUCCUCCACCCCCUCCGGCCCCAGUCGAUCCCCAAACGAGUUUCAAUGAGACCAUAUCUGAUUCUGUAGACGCGAUUUUUCCUUCGGACAAUUCAGUUCAAGUCGAUUACCUAACUCCCUCAUCUCCAGACAUAAAUAGCCCCAUUCAGGUAGUUUAUGGUGCUUUCCCACCUGAAACCUCCAGCAAUUCUACCACGACCCGUACAAAUACAAGCACAGAAUCUCCCGUCAAUAACCCAGUCGAUGCACAAACUAUUAACGAGAGUCUCGAUCUGAUACGUGACAUUCUCAGAGAUUCUGGGACGAGAUUAUUAAAUUUGAUUACCAAUAUGUCCUUAUCAAACUUGUCGAGAGAAAGGCGACGGGAACGCUCUAGAGCGCAUUCUGAUGGCGACGGCUCGAGUGAUGGAACUUCUAGAUCUAGAAAUACUAGAACUCGGCCGAGGUUGUUUAGUUCAGGCUUACCAAUGUCACUCUUUUUAUCAUCUAGUUCAGAAUCAGACAGUGAUAACCCUCCCGAAGUUAAUAUAUUUAGAACAAGAAAUGCAUCAUUUAGAGAAGACGCCACCAGAAAUACCAAUCGUCCAAAUGCAAGUGGAUCUACUAGACCGGAACAUCCUACGGACAGAUUAGUUUUCGAAUUGAACGAUGAAUUGGUGUUGGAAGAAAACUUCGAAUUGGGUGGUUUUAACGUGUCUCCCAAUCCUAGAACAUUUCAUGUUAGAUCCCAAAACCCGCAAUCCGCAGAGGAAAGUACAACCCCAACAACUACUAGAACAAAUGAAGAACCUAGAGAGAAUCGAACACGGAGUAGUAGCUUCGACCCUAAUAUGCCCUCUACCAGUAGGGACAACUUUUGGUCCGGAGGGAACACUCUGACCUCCCAAGAAGCAUUUCGAAAAGUUCGAGGCGGCGUUAACGCCUUGCAAAAACAUGUUCAACAGCUGACGAAUUUCUGGGUCCGCGGACAGAGGAUAAGUAUGCGGGACUUGCGUAAUAUGUGGGAAAACUUAAGGAGGAGAAUUCUAAUGCUCCAUAGGGAAACGGGAAGACAAGAUGUUCCCAGUUAUUAUUCAAGAUCACUUUUAGAAAGAUGCAUGAUGUUGUCUGACAUGUCGGAGAACGUUAGUCGCAGCUCAAGCAGAACUAGAGGCCACCAAAGGACAGAAGACAGAAACGCUGAAACAAGCAGGGAGCAGACACCUGCAGAAACGGGUGAUAAUGAACCAAGUUCAAGUCCUGGAACUUCAAAUACAAGCAGACAGACUAGAAAUCCACAAACGAGAUCCUCUUCAGGGGGUCGAUUUUCUCCAUUCGCUAGACGCCGCCUACAACCUAACCAUAGGUGGAGACAUGAAGACGAAAUACGUAGGAGAGCCCGAAAUCCCACAUCAAACCGCUUAUCACCAAGGCUCUCCAGACCUCGGCGAGAACUCGCCCGGGCUAUUGAAAUAAGUGCUACGAGACAUGAGAUUCGGAUGCGCGCAAUGCAAGUUUUGUCUGUUAUGUUCAAUAUGAUGAUGAUGUGCUUGGAAGAGCCAGGUUUAAGCCAACUUAUUAUAAAUAUGUUAAGAACGUUAAAAAAGGCUUUAGCUUUAACCUGUCUUAUGCUAAUGAGUAAUAGAAACGGUGGACGUGGAAGUGGCAGCACUAAUCAAUCUCCACAACGGUCCGAUAAUCGCAAUUCUAAUAACUCUGGUAAUACUGAAAGUAACACUGACGGUAAUACCAAUGAUACGAACACGUCAGAAUCAGUGCAAAAUUCAAUAUCAAGUGAGGCAGAGGAGGAUCGCGCUCGCGAAAGUACAUCUAACAAUGGAGAAAAUACUAUCUCUCCAACAAUAGUUUCUAGUCCUAGUACCAGUACCGCGCAAAAUUCAUCCUCCACAUUACCUAGUACAUCCGCCACACAAAAGUGGAGUAAUCGUCUAGCUGUCCAAAUAGCAACAGCAAAUAGAAACACAUCAGUAACUGCCAGAUGUAGAAGAGAGUUAUAUUUAGAAAGUAGACGGCUUAAAGCUUUACAUCGUACUAAUCCUACAAAACAUCCUCUUAUAAGGAAACGAGUGCCUCCUUUGGCCUCUCACCGGAUUCCUAUGUUGCGGUCGUUACCUCGAAAGAUAGUCAAAACACCUACCCCAAGAGAUCCUUCGCCACCGACGCAUCCAACCAACGCACCUAUAAUUUUCCCCCUACAUGAACCACCACAUGGUGAAAUUUCAAAUCAAGAGCCGUCUCGACUCCCGCCAGAAGUUAUGAAUGAAUUCGAGCAUAGGAUUAAUUUAAUACGCAUAGCUCACAUGCAAGCGGUUAGAUUGAGAAAUGCUGCCAGAAAUAGAUAUAGACGCCUGCAAACGAUACGUCUGUAUACCCCAUCGUCUGUGCGGGAAAUGUUUACUCUUCAAGAUGGAAAUGAUCAAAAUCAGCAAGGGGCCCGAUCAAGUAAUUCUGAAAAUCGGCCGACAUUACUGAACAGAGAACGUCUUGUCGCCCGAGUUCCUAUUAAUAUACAUUCUGAGGAUAUGAGACAAUUGCACGCCGGUGAGGCCCUGCUGCAAGUGAAUGACGCGGUAAAUGUCGAAGGACAAGGAAAUCCACAAGCACGAUUGCCUAGGAUUCACGAAUAUCUACAACCAAUAAUUCUGGCACAGAAUGCAGUGGUAGUUGAAGAUGACGAGGAGAAUAAUGGGGAAGGGAAUGGCUUUGCUGGUUUCGGAGUUCGUCGAGUGGGCAUGGGAGGGAUGGCUGGUCUAUUGGACGCUAGUGUUAUAUCAGACAACUUUCAUUCGCCGUCCCAUAGAAUACAGGCAUGGGACUUCACUAGUGGAGACGCGCCGGACAUAGCCGAUGGUGACAAAAAUAUAGUGGUUCAAAGAUGCAGAAUUCAUAACGAUGCCAGUAUAGAUAUAUCUAAAGACGGCAGAUUGCUAGUGGCUCUCUUACCAGUGCCACGAUUACGGAACACGAGCCAUUGGCUAGGUAAGAUAGGGGUAUACUCGCUGGAAUGGCCCCGUCUGGGUCACUGCCUUCACACAGCGGUGCUAGAGCAAAGUGCCGUAUCGGUAGCGCUCUCCCCAACUGGGCGACACUUGGCCGUGGGGCUUGGGUCUCGUCGCUUCACAUCGGUACAUCACGCGAGAAGCAAUGUGUUCGCCUUGCUGUUUAGGCUUGACCCUCUCGACGGCACAAGUCGCACCGGCCUGUCGCCUAUAAAAGAGUUGGAGCAAACCUGGGAGCACGGUUUCACCAGCCUCAACUGUUUGCGUUGGGCGCCACAGCCUGGCCAAGGUUUGGUCUACGCUAACAACACUGGCCAACUUAUUAUUAUGAGUUAGACGGGUCACGUGAUGUGCGAAUACGCCACAGAGAAAUCUCAUGUAUACUAUUAAAUGUCAUAGUAUGCAUCGAGAUAUUGUUAGUUAAUUGCCCGAUUGGAAAAUGUAUUACAGCUCAAAAUUGUGUCGUAAGACAUAAUCUGUGUAAAGUUUUAUCGAGUUUGUCAUUUUCAAUAGCGAAAAAUUAAAACAAUCGAAACGCUAUAAUUUUGUGUCGCAUAUUAACACGUUUUUAUUCAACGAACUCAAAAUAAAGUAGCAUUUUUACAUAAUGCAAAAAAAAUAUAUAAAUAAAUUACCAAAUGUAACCCACAUUACAAUUGCGUACCGAAAAUUUUAACGCCAUUAUGCAAUAACUCAAUGUAAUUCAAAACAUCGUUUUAACGAAGACAUGUUCAAUGCUGAUUAUAGGUCAAAAACAUUAGAUUAAAAUGACAAUCUAAAUGUUUGCUUAUCAAGGAGCUUUAUUUAGGUAUUUAGGCCUAUAUAUGUAUGUAAACGAUGAGAAAUCUUCCCAUCGUUUAUCGACCUAAUAGGUAAAAUAUAAGAUUGGUCUCUUUAAUGAUCUCGGGCCUUUAUUGGCGGCAACCGGUAACAUGACAAUCGGAACACCUUAUUGUUACCAUUUUUAGUUUUACAGCAGAAUUUAUUUAAUGAAUUGUAGUGAACAAUUUGUUGUAUGUAUUGCUUAGGUACAUUUGUUAUAGUACUCAGAUAACAUACCAAAUUUGGACGGCCUUAUGCAACGUGGAUCAAAACCAUGGUGACCAUGACAACGGCCAAAGAUAACAAAUAUAGUAAUAGUCUAUAUUAUUUAAUAAGGCCAGCAGUGUUUGUCGAACGGCCGCUUCGUUCAACGGCUGUCACCUAGAUUGUGUGACAGAGAACGCAACUAAGCUAAACUAAAGCUAUCUCUUUCGAAUGGUCGAUGUUACCGUUAAGUACUGUACACAAAAAACUUUACUUUUAUCAGUCCUGUAACCUGUUAUGAACUGUGGUCGAACCGUUUAAAACUAUAUAUAUAAAUAUAUUUCCUUAUAUAUUAAGAUCCCAAUGUUUACAUGAAGUCAUUCGGUUUCAUGUAGAUUAGAAUUUAGGCGUAGGUAUGGAAUUUCUCUAAUAAUUUGUAAUAUAGGUAGGUAAGAUGCGUGGGCAUAAAACUAUUUAUAUUUUUUUUCUAUGUAAAAUUUAUUUUCAUUGUACUGACUUUGGUUGUAAAUUAAUUUAUUUUUACAAUGUACAAUUUUAGUUGAGUAGAUUUGAUACGAAAAAGGCAGAAUUACAAUAAUAUUAAUCUUAUCAUUUUUUUGUAAAAAAAUUUCGUAAUUUAAUUAAUUGAAAGAAUAGCUUUAUUUAAAUAUAUCCUGAAAGCCGAUAACCGAUGAACGUUUUGAAAAUUAGAUCAUCUUAAAAAUGCUUUUUUUAAUUAGUUCUAUAUAAAAAAACUUGCGAAUUAACUAUUGAAGAAAUGUAAAUAAUAAAACUCUUUCUUAUGUAAUUGUGUAUGCAUUAGACUUUUAAUGUUUAUUUAGUUCUUCCAUUAUGUUUGUAACUUUAUUUUUGUAUAAAGCUUAAUAUUUCGUUUAUUAUGUAAAAUGGUAAUAAAUAGAGAAUUUCACUCAAUUGU